AUGUGCCUUGAAGAGGAAAGCAAGCCAAACGCACGAUUGUCCAACAAGGGGAAGGCACGGAACAAGGUGACCUGCUUUCUGUCUUCCACGACGCAGCACGAGGUGACGGCGAAGCCGGCUUUGCAUUGGGGGAGGACGUCUGCAUCGUCGCAGCCGGAGCACAUCCGACUGCUAUACGAUGCCCGCAAAGGCAUCUUUCCUGCUGUGCCUGGGGCCGAGUAUGCUUGGUGCACAGCGUCCUACUUUUUGAUUGAAGCGCUGCUCCUCCGGGCCCGACGUGGGAUCUCCCAGGGCGUCCAGGCUUCAAACUACGCGAAUGCACAGGCAGAAGCUUUGCCAGAGUUGGCGCCUGUCUGCGCAGGUUACACCGCACUCUACAACCUGCGGGCUCAAGAGGAGGGCUCGGCGGAAGCCAUCGCGGAUCACUUGAAGGUGGUUGAGGCGGUCCUGCCAGGCUCUUUCUCCCACUGUAAGCUGUCCUUUCAGUACUGGCGGACCUGCACUGGCCACUUUGGCGAGGACUGCGUCGAGAAGUUCAAGGCAGAUGGAACUGUGCAACCCUUCACGCGGCGGCCCUUGGAGGCCGCGUGGGCAGCGACCUCAGCGGCGACUGCUCACAAGCUGCGCUAUGGGGAUCCAGGUGUCGACUUCCUUCCCGCCCUUGUGGAAGAGACGCGGAAGUCCCUGGACAACAACGAGGGGGAGUUCAUACUCAAGGAAUCGCUGCGCGGCCAGAGGACGCCAGAAAAGAUGGGCGCAUACUCCCAGUUGAACUCCAUGAAGCAGGUUCCGCAGAUGCGCUCAGGCAGCGAGAACGACAGAGAUGCCACUUUCGGCGAUUUCCAAAGCUUCCAACGACCAGCUCCUGUAGAAGAUCGGUCUGUUUGUCGACAUUUCCUUGAGGGGAAAUGCAACUACGGCGAUGCCUGCCGCUUCAGCCACGCAGGCUUUCCGCUCACGCCUCCUGUGUUGCAGCCGGAGCCCUUCAUGCCUGCGCUCAGCGGGACUCCAGCCAAUGACAGGUCGGUGUGCCGCCACUUCUUAGAAGGAAAAUGCACCUACGGGAAUGCCUGCCGCUUCUCUCACCAAGGCAGCGCUGAGGACUCCACGGCAUGGCCCGCUGCGCCCAGCGCGAAGGUGGUGGAGAGGCCCACUUGCCGGCACUUCCUCGAGGGCAAGUGCAGCUACGGCGAUGCCUGCCGCUUCAGCCACGAAGACGGACUGGUAAACGACGCUCAGCCGACCGUGGAUGACAGGUCCGUGUGUCGCCACUUCCUCGAGGGCAAGUGCACCUAUGGCAGUGCCUGCCGCUUUCUGCACACAGGCGAUACACGUGGCCCUGCCCCCGAGCCUUUUUGGCCUCCUGCC